UUCAUGACGCCCUAACAAUAUGCGGCCCCUUUAAGAAGAAUGACCGCGCGUACUGAGCAUGCGCAGAAGAGAGUAGAGAGAUGAGGCUGACUGGAGCAGAUAUUCAGUCGAGGCUGUCAGAAGAAAGAAAAUAGAUAUUCUGUUGCUUUUUACCUGAGCGAUAGUUUUGUGCAAAUAUAGCAGAAAUCAAAGCAACUGUUUUAUCUUAUGUCUAUAGUGAUUUUGUCAGACAACGUCUCUAGGAUUUAGAUCUGGUGUCCCUCACACAACAAUUCACCAAUACAUACUGGGAAUAUUCCCAUCAUCCUACAAGAGAAGGACAAACUCCAGGAGUAGCAGCUGAAAUCUGUGUGACUGUUAAAGAUGGAGUUUAUUAAAGAGGAGAUUGAAGACAUGAGUGAUCCAGAACCAUCCAGAAUAAAACAUGAAGAUACUGAGGAACAAACAGAUCGAAUGGAAGUGAAAGAGGAAAGACAAGAACUGGAGGAAUUUAAGGAGGAACAACACAACUUUAAAAUUCAAGAAACAAAAGCCAAAAAGCUGCACACCUGCACUCAGUGUGGAAAGAGUUUCAGUCAAAAAGGAAACCUUAAGAGACACAUGAGAAUUCACACUGGAGAGAAACCGUAUACAUGCACUCAGUGUGGAAAGAGUUUCAGCAAAAAAGUAAACCUUAACACACACAUGAGAAUUCACACUGGAGAGAAACCGUAUACAUGCACUCAGUGUGGAAAGAGUUUCAGCAAAAAAGGAAUCCUUAACACACACAUGAGAAUUCAUACUGGAGAAAAACCGUAUACAUGCACUCAGUGUGAAAAGAGUUUUUCUCAAGUUUCAGAUCUAAAAAAACACCUGACAGUUCAUUCAGAUGAGAAGCCUUAUGUGUGUUCUCUCUGUGGAAAGAGUUUUUCAAGACCGGACAGUUUUAGACUGCACCAGAAAACACAUAAUGAAGUGAGAGAUCAUGUGUGUUGUGAGUGUGGGAAGAGCUUUACUAGAGCUGACUAUCUGAAACAGCACCAAAAAAUUCAUUCUGCAGAAAAACCUCACAAGUGCUCAUAUUGUGACAAGAGUUUCACUAAGUCUGGAACCCUGAAAGUACAUGAGCGACUUCAUACUGGAGAGAAGCCGUACCAGUGCACUCAGUGUGGGAAGAGUUUUUCUCAAGCAUCAUCUUUCAGUCAUCAUCUGCGUAUUCAUUCCGGAGAAAAACCAUUUAACUGUGAUCAGUGCGGUAAAGAUUUUCAUGCUUUAUCAGAUCUAAAACAACACCUGACAGUUCAUUCAGAUGAGAAGCCUCAUGCGUGUUCUCUCUGUGGAAAGAGUUUUUCACGACUGGACAGUUUUAAACAACACCAGAAAACACAUAAUGAAGUGAAAGAUCAUGUGUGUUGUGACUGUGGGAAGAGCUUUACUAGAGCUGGCCAACUUAAACAGCACCAAAAAAUUCAUACUGGAGAAAAGCCUUACAAGUGCUCAUAUUGUGACAAGAGUUUCACUCGAUUGGAAACACUGAAAGUACAUGAGCGACUUCAUACUGGAGAGAAGCCGUACUACUGUACUGAGUGUGAGAAGAGUUUUAGACAUUUAUAUAGUUUUCUCAGUCACAUGAAGAAAUAUCAUAAGUCAAAGGUUUGAAAUUAACACCCGCAACUCGCCAAAUGCGGGUAAAAAUAACCCGUGGCCGGUAACGCUGUCAAA